AAGACUGAGAGUUCUCUUUUUUUCCCCAGCCUCUUUGGCUGAAGCAGAAAAUAUAACGUUUACUGUUUUCACUUCAGCACAAGGCAAAGACUGCUGCUCCUGAGGACUUUUGGACGUUAACUGUAGCAUUGAAAUGACAUCACUCCAGCUGUGGCCCCUCCUCCUCCUCCCCGUUCUACUGGUCAACUUCUCCAACCAAUUAGAUGACAACAAGAUCCCGCCCAGUCUGUGUACGGGACACCCAGGUAUCCCAGGUACCCCUGGGGUGCACGGCAGUUCUGGCCAACCAGGAAGAGAUGGGAGGGACGGGCGUGAUUCUGUCCCUGGGGAGAAGGGAGAGAAGGGAGACAGGGGAGAGACAGGCGAGUCAGGCUUUAGGGGUCUCACUGGAGACCAGGGGAACCCUGGCGAUAAAGGAGACAGGGGGCAGUCGGGGGAGUGCGCCGUCGCUCCCAAAUCUGCCUUCAGCGCCAAGUUGUCAGAGGGCCGCACCAUGCCCGUGGCAGCGGAAGACGCUGUGCGCUUUGACAAGGUAACGCUAAACGAGCAGGGCGACUACGACACGGAAACAGGACGCUUCACCUGCAAAGUGCCCGGCGUCUACUACUUUGCGGUCCACGCCACCGUCUACCGGGCCAGCCUGCAGUUUGACCUGAUGAAGAACGGUCACGCAAUGGCGUCCUACUUCCAGUUCUACGGGAACUGGCCCAAGCCGGCGUCUUUGUCCGGCGGCUCGCUUUUGCACCUCAUCCCGGGCGACCAGGUGUGGGUGCAGAUGGCGUUGGGAGAGUACAGUGGUUUCUACUCCAGCUCUAAGACUGACAGCACCUUCACUGGCUUCUUGGUGCACUCGGACUGGAAAAAUUCUGCUGUCUUCGCCAAGGGCGAAGUGGUAUAGACAUUGGGGGGACCAAGUCUGCUGUGGGGGCUGGGGGUCCUCCCCCAGAAAAUGUAAAACUAAUUUACUGCCAUUCUACAUGAUUCAUGGCCUCUCUACAAGGUUAGUAGAAAACUCUGGUCUUUGAAUAAACACAUUAAGCAAUGUUACAGAAAUAGCAGUAGGCUAUGGCACAUACCAUACUGAGUUGUGAUGAUGAAUCAGGUGAACUGUAGUGCUUUCAGCUGUGCUUCAUGUUAGCCAUUUGACUGCUGCUGUGCGAUGGUGAAUCGUUUUAACAGAUGUUCUGACGGUGGCCCUACACAGUUUUGGGCCUACAUGUAUCAUCGUUUUUUUGCCUUUACAACACAAGGACGGCAUAUGGGGUUUAAAUGAGACGUUGGCUCCUGCACUUGGCAGGAAUUGUUAACAUAAGAAGGUUAUAUGUCCAGUUUUGUGGUGGAGACGUAAAGAGGAUUCAAUAAGGCAUCAUACAGGUAUGUGAGCUGUUUAGGGCUUCCAAGUGUGACAUCAUUGACUGAUGUCAUGAUACUUAGCCAGUAUUUUGUGCAGAAAAUGAAUUGUAAAGUAUUCAAACUGAAGCCCUACAAUACUUUUCACAAUCUUUGAACUUAUCUGUCUGUGCAACCUUCAUUUAUGUCACCAAUAAAACAUUUAACUUUCA